AUGAGUAUUGGAAGAGCAGCAGCUACACGCGUGUGUGGCAAGCCAGUGGGCCCUGUCGGGCUCGGAAUGUUAGGCUUGACUCUUCCUGCUCCAUUUCCUCAGUUUGAGCGCGAGCAUCAAAUCAGUCUGCUGAAGACCGCAUUAGACCAAGGUGCAAACCUAUGGAACGGAGGUCUUCACUAUGGCACGCCGGAGUCAAACUCCGUACAUCUGAUGCGCCACUACUUCGAAAAAUACCCCGAGGAUGCUGAAAAGGUUGUCGUCAACAUCAAGGGCGCCUUCAAUCAUGGAACAGGCCCAGUAGGCAGCCCAGAGGCCAUUCGCGCAUCUGUUGAGCAGGCUCUGGAAGGGCUAGGGGGCGCGAAAUCCAUUGAUAUCUUCGAGAUGGCACGCAUCGAUCCCAACACGCCCGUUCAAACAUCCAUCAAAGCUUUGGCCGAGCUGGUUAAAGAGGGUAAGAUCGGGGGCAUUGGACUAUCUGAAGUCAAUGCAGACACCAUUCGCAAAGCUCAUGCCGUUCACCCGAUCUCAGCCGUAGAAAUCGAGCUGAGCCUGUUCACACCCGAUCCCCUUCAGAAUGGAAUCAUGGAAGCAUGCUCUGAACUCGAGAUACCUGUGAUUGCGUACAGUCCGGUCGGUCGAGGCUGGCUCACGGGCAGUUUCAAGUCGCUCGAUGAUCUUUCGCCCAACGAUUUUCGCCCGAAGAUGUUCGAUCGCUUUCGGCCUGAAGUGUUUGAUCAGAACUACAGGCUUGCCGAGGCCGUGGAGAAGAUUGCCCAGGAUAAAGGCCUCAAGUCGGCACAAGUCGCUAUCGCUUGGGUAGCGCGGCAAGGGGCGAUUCCCAUUCCAGGGUCUACCAACAUUGAACGCGUUACCCUGAACAGCAAGCUGUUGGAGUUGACAGAUGAGGAUAUGGAAAACCUUCGAAAAGCUCAGGAGACAUUUCCUGUUGCAGGUAAAAGAUAUGGAGGAGCGCAUGAGAAGCUACUGAACGGUUGA